GUACCCGUAGAAGAAGGGACGAAAGUAAAAUAGGAGGAACUUAUUUCGAAAAUUUGUUGUGUCCCCAAGAGUUAAUCAUGUGAUUUUAUGAUGGGAUAACAUUAUAUCAGUUAUGUGAAUUGUUUAAUAUUCAUUUUCGUACAGUGUUUUGUGUUGUUUCGUGUUUUUGUGAUAUUUACUUUUGCUACUCCCGGGUGCAAGCCGGUCUUGCAAAAUAAACCCGGAAUGAAAUACGCAUUUCGUUUGUUUUUCGUUGUGGUAUGCUGGUCAUAUGCACAACAUGUUGUUAAUGCUCAAUGUAAUUGUGCCACAGAUUGUGUGACUAACUGCCCGGCUGGUACUCACUAUGACUCUGGUGGAAGUGGAACCUGUGUGACAUGUCCUCAGGGGCACUAUUGUCCUGGAGGAAGUAGUCCCAAAACAGCAUGCCCGGGAGGAAAGUACAUGGACACAACGGGAAGUGACCAGCUCUCCGACUGUAAGACAUGUGUGACAGGAAAGUAUAGCAGUGCAGGGUCAACAACAUGCCUGGACUGUCCAGCUGGAAAAUCCUGUGGGGCAGGGACAGAGACUCCCACUGACUGUAACGCUGGUGAAUACUCCCUACUGGGAGCAUCUACCUGUACGGCCUGCCCUAUAGGCUCCAUGUGUACUGCUAAAGACCAGGGACCAACACUAUGCACAGAAGGAUAUUACACAUCUUCAACCAGCCAGACAUCCUGUACAAAAUGUCCAGCAGGAAGUGAGUGUCCAAACAGAGGGACACCUGUCCAGUGUACUGCUGGCCACUACUCUGUGGAGGGAUCAGGGGUCUGUGAAGCUUGUCCUCCAGGAUUUUACAGCUCAUCUGCUGGUGCUAGUGUUUGUUCAUCAUGCCCAGAGGGAAAAUCUUGUGCUGGUAACGGAACCUCUACCCCAACACCUUGUGGAGCCGGAUAUGUAGCUCCAGCUGAGUCCAGCUCCUGUACUCAGUGUGCCUCAAAUGAAAUCCCUGAUGGUACUCAGAAGUUGUGCUCAGGUUGCCCCGCUGGGAAAGCCUGUAGUGAUCCUGCAGCCACACCAACUGACUGUAACACAGGAGAAUAUGCAGUUCUUGGAAAUGGAACCUGUACUCGAUGUCCUAGGGGAAGUUACUGUCCCACAAAGACGGCUGCACCUCUGGCCUGUUCCUCAACCCAGUAUUCAGCAGAGGGAGAAACAUCUUGUACAGAUUGUCCUGUGGGUCACUCCUGUCCCACCCCAGAUGCCACCCCAGUUCAAUGUGAUCCUGGCCAGUAUAGUGCUGCUGGAGUGAUCACCUGUACAGACUGUUCGGCUGGGAAGUUCUGCCCCAAUCCCUCAGCAGCGGAGACAGACUGUCCUGAUGGGUUCUGGUCCGCUACAAAACAAACAGCCUGUACUCAGUGUCCUGCUGGGAAAUACUGCUCCAAAACAGCCGAGACUGAUUGUCCUAGUGGUACCUACUCCUUAGGAAUGGCUACAGCCUGCUCCUACUGUCCUGCUGGAUAUGAGUGCACAAAUCCUGCUACCUCUCCUAAUGCAUGUAAUCCUGGAGAAUAUAACAUUAAUGGAUCAACAUCAGCCUGUACCAUCUGUCCAGGAGGGUCAAUGUGCCCGGUGACCACUGCUGCCCCGACACCUUGUGCUGCAGGUUUCCUGAGUGGCACUGGACAGAGGGAGUGUACACAGUGUCCAGCUGGAUAUGCUUGUCCAGAUAAUACUGACCCCACCAAGAACUAUGCCUGUCAUCUUGGAUCCUACUCCAUUGCUGGACAAAUGGACUGCACUGUCUGUCCUGCUGGAAAAUACUGCCCCAGUACAAGUUCAUCCAAUGAAAUUCCUUGUCCGGGAGGAACCUACUCCACUGGUAACACCUCUUCCUGCACCAAGUGCACCCCUGGGGAGGUGUGUCCCAAUGCAGAUGGAACAGGAAUCCAGACCUGUCUCCCCGGAACAUACUCUGUUGCAGGGUCAGCAGCCUGUGUGGACUGUCCAGCUGGAUCUGCGUGUCCCUCCACAAACUCCUCCCAACAGAUACAGUGUCUUCCUGGGACAUACUCACUGACAAAGGCAACUGAAUGUUCACCUUGUCCCGCAGGAUUUGCUUGUCCAAUGACAAACAAAGCCACCCAAGUUCCCUGCCAGGAUGGGACUUAUUCUGUUGGUAACCAGACUGCCUGUAUUAGCUGUCCAUCAGGAUAUGAAUGUCCAGACUCCUCCACCAACAGCACCACCCCAUGUCAGCCAGGCUACUACUCCCUGGGAGGCCAGAAGACCUGCACCAUGUGUGAUGAGGGUUACAGGUGCCCCAAUACAUAUGAAGGUCAAACAGUGUGUCCCCCAGGGUUCUACAGUGCGGCAGCCUCCACGAACUGUACCGGAUGUGAACCGGGAUACUACUGCCCAGAACCAGAACACUCCAGGAGAGCAGAGUGUCCCCCUGGAUACUACUCAAAUGGUGGAGCCAUCUACUGCACUCCAUGUUAUGCUGGUUACACCUGUUCUAUGGGGUCCACAAAUGCAACCCCUGCUGCUGACAUAUGUCAGGCUGGGGGAUGGUGUGAUGGCAAGAACUUCUUUCGUUGUCCAGCUGGAACAUACAAUCCUAAUAAUGGAUCCAUUGCCUCAACUGAUUGUUUCCUCUGUCCUCCAGGAUACUACUGCCCAGGACCAGGUGAUACAUCAUACACACAGUACCCCUGUCCUAAAGGUCACUACUGUCUCCAGGGGACAACAGUCAGUACACAGUACCCUUGUCCUGGAGGUUCAUAUAAUCCCGAUGACAAUUCCACCAGUGAAACUGCCUGUGUGCCUUGUCCAACUGGAAAAUACUGCCCCAAAGGAACCACAGACACAGGGGUGGACUGCCCAAGGGGAUUCUACUGUACUGGGGGACAAUCCUCAGGCUUCCAACAUCCCUGUCCAGUUGGGACUUAUGGCCCAGAUCUUGGAUUUGACAAUGAGACACAGUGUAUCCCAUGUCCUGCUGGAUUUUACUGCCCUGGAGGCACAGAAUCACAGCCCACCACUGCCCCCACGCCUUGUGAACCUGGUACCUACAACCCUGAUGCUAACACAGGCCACCCACUCAACUGUCACAAGUGUGACAUCGGCUUCGCUUGUCCUGAGAUCAACCAUACAGCUUCUGUUGUUCCAUGUAAAGCAGGUUACUACUGUCCCCUAGGAACCAUAGCAGAUGAUCAGUAUCCCUGUAUCCCAGGGACCUACAGCGAUAAAACUAACCUUUCGUCAGCUGAUCAGUGUGAUGCCUGUCCAGAGGGCAAAUACUGUGAAUGGGGCACAAACAAUUCCACCAAUCCUCCAAAGCCCUGUUGGCCUGGAUUCUACUGUCCACUGCAGUCCCCCUCCCCAGAGAAGUUCCCCUGUCCAGCGGGGACAUACUCAGACCGGGCUGAUUUGUAUGAGGCAUCUCAAUGCUACACAUGUCCCCAGGGUUCCUACUGUGAAGGUGGUGCCAGCAGCACAUCUGGUAUCUGUCCACGGGGUUUUUAUUGUCCAAAUGGCACCAAGGCAGGAACUGAGUACGGAUGUCCUAAUGGAACCUACAAUGAUGCAGAGGGAUUGUAUGAAGAGGCCCAAUGUAAAAAUUGCUGGCAAGGUCACUAUUGUGAGUUUUCAGUCUCAGCCCCAGUGAAAUGUAAAGCUGGUACCUACAUGCCAUAUGGAGUUAACCUGACAAAUAAUGCUCUUGUUGGUCCAGGGCAACCCGCUAAGAGACAGUUUGAGUGUAUCACCUGUCCUGGAGGAUUUUCUUGUCCACUAGGGACAAUACAUCCGUACGACUGUACUGUGGGUUUCUAUUCCAAACCAGGACAAGAAGUCUGUGAAACAUGCAGAAUAGGACAUUAUUGUGACAACUCGUCCACCUCAGAAGAUGCAAUGGUCAACACAAAGAAAUGUCCUCCUGGUCGAUAUUGUUUGGCUGGACUGACCAAGGAACCUGAUGCUACUGACUGUUCUGUUGGAAGAUAUUGUCCUGAAGGAACUGUAGAGGAGCUGAAGUGUCCAGUGGGAACAAUACGUCGCACCACAAAAGCACAUGAUGUUGACACCCACUGUGAGCCUUGUCCUGCUGGUUAUUAUUGUCUGGAGGGGUCGUAUACAGAGACAGGACCAUGUGAAGCUGGAUAUUACUGUCCCACAAACUUUACCAAUCCAUAUGGUGUUCAUCCUCCCACAAUUGGGGCUUAUGGAGCUAGACAGGUGCCCUGUCCAGAAGGAACAUACACCAAUGUGACUGCUACACCAGAUGUAGGUAGUUGUCAGACAUGUCCAGCUGGUUACUACUGCCCUCUGGCCUCCAGCUCUCCAACUGACUGCCCUCGAGGAUCAUAUUGUGUGGCUGGUUCCUCUAAACCAGAACCCUGCCCCAUUGGCAGAUAUGGAAAUACAUCAUUGUUGACGGCUCUGACUGAGUGCCCCCUGUGUGACCCCGGCUGGUAUUGUGAUGCCCCAGGUCUUCUACAGCCCCGCUCACCCUGUGACCCAGGAUAUCUCUGCUAUUCAGGGGCCUCCACCUCAGCUCCAACAGAUGGGGUGACAGGAGAGCUUUGUCCCAGAGGAGGGUUCUGUGUGUCAGGAUCAUAUGUGGCUGAACCUUGUCCUCUGGGAACCUACAGCAAUGUCUCAGGGGCUGUGAACAACUACGAAUGUUUCGAUUGUGAUGCUGGGUACUACUGCUCCUCAGUGGCUGGUGGGGCACCAACGGGGGCAUGCUGGGGAGGAUAUUACUGUACAGGGGCUGCCAAAACCCCCAUACAACAUAUCACUGAUCCUGGAAAAUUUGCUCCCAAUGGCUCCAUGGCCCAAUACGAGUGUGAGAUAGGGACCUACAUGCCUUACAAUGGCUAUGCUGAGUGUUUCGAGUGUGAGCCAGGUUUUUACUGUCCAGACAAAGGAAUGACCAAUAGAACAGCCUGUCCAGCUGGUUAUUACUGUGGAAAUGGAAGCUAUGUCCCAACAGCAUGUGAACCUGGAUAUUUCUCAAAUGAAACACAUAAGACCAAUAUCAGUGAUUGUCAGCCAUGUCCCCCGGGUCGUUACUGUCAGAAUCGAGGUGCUACUGAGGUGACAGGAAAAUGUAAGGCAGGGCACAUCUGUUAUGGCCUUGCUUUGUAUGACGAUCCAGUCUACAAUAACGACACGUCUGGAAACAAGACUGCGAUCCUGUGGGGAGACACCUGUCACCCUGGUUAUUACUGUCCUGAGGGGACCUCUGUUAUGGUACCAUGUCCUCGAGGAACUUACAAUCCAGACAGAAGUGGAACCUCAGAGGCAGCCUCCUGUAAACCUUGUGACCCUGGAAAAUACUGUAAUGGAACAGCUUUGACAGAAGUCACAGGGGACUGUUUGGCUGGAUACUAUUGCACUGGUGGAGCCUGGAUUCCUGACCCGAUAGACAACACUACUGGUAACAUCUGUCCUAUUCAUCACGUGUGUACAGCUGGGUCAGACACCCCCAAAACCUGUUCCAUUGGUUAUCAUGCUAAUAGCACGGGAAUGUCUGCCUGUCAGCUGUGUAUGGCUGGAUUUUUAUGUAGUCCUGGGUCUGAACCAGCACUUUGUCCAAUGGGUUACUAUUGUUUGGCCAGUACAGUCCUGAUACCAAUUUCACAAGGAACUCCUUGUCCUGUGGGAACUUUCGGAGACAAAAUGGGAUUGACAGAGGAAAGCAAUUGUACUCAGUGCCCUGCUGGAAAAUACUGUGAGACUACAGGAUUGACCAACUACACUGGCCUGAUAAGUGCUGGACACUGGUCGAGAUAUGGAUCUGGAACAAGAACUCCACUUGUUGAUGACAGCGCAAUUCUGGGAAUCUGCACCAAAGGCCACUAUUGUCCUGAGGGAAGUGAGAUCCCCACACCCUGCCCCUCAGGAACUUAUGGAGAUAGUUGGAAGCUGACAUCACUUGCUGCCUGCGACGCAUGUGAUCCUGGUACAUACUGCCCUGUUACCAAUAUGACAGCCACAGGAAGUCAGUGUGAUGCAGGAUUCUACUGUAGUGGGGGGUCACCAGAAAGUGCCCCCGUCAAUCAGACAUGGGGAGAUGAGUGUCCUGCAGGUUCCUAUUGUCCCACUGGAUCAUCAGCUCCAAUUCCAUGUCCAGCUGGAAAGUACACCAAUUCUACCAGAACGGUCACCUGCCUAGACUGUCCCAUCGGUCACUACUGUGUUCUUGGAACCAGUGACCCUGUCCCCUGUCCUGAGGGUUAUUGGUGUCCUGUUAGGUCUGUGUCAGCAAAUCUUAAUCCAUGUCAGAUAGGAGAAUAUUUAAACACUACAGGAGGACAGAAGGCUACUGACUGUCUGAGUUGUUCACCUGGUAAAUACUGUGAAACUACUGGGCUUUCCACACCAACAGGAAAUUGUGAUGGUGGAUGGUACUGUACAAGUGGAGCCACUGUGGCCCGCCCAACCUUACCUGCACAAGGUGGGCAGUGUACAGUGGGUAACUUCUGUCCCAAUGGCAGCUCAGCAGAAACACCCUGCUCCCCAGGAAUGUACUGUGACAAUGUUGAGUUAUCUGCUCCAGUUGGGAACUGUUCCGCUGGUUACUUCUGUUCUUCAGGAUCCACAAACUCCACACCAGUUAGCCAGGUGUAUGGUGACCUCUGUCCACCAGGAACGUACUGUCCAGCUGGAAGUUCUGCUGGAGCCAAUUGUCCCCCAGGAACCUACCUUAACACCACAGGCGCCCAGAGUGAGGCAGAUUGUCAGACAUGUGUCCAGGGGUCUUACUGCAGUGGUUAUGGGAACACCUAUCCUACAGCUGAAUGUGAUGCAGGCUAUUACUGUCCAUCGGGAAUGAACAUCUCUAACCCAUCAGAGUACACCUGUCCUCAAGGUCAUUACUGCCCCCAGGGUAGCCACACCCCCACUCGGUGUAAUUCAGGAACUUAUCAGGAUCAGACAGGUCAAGGUUCCUGUGUCACCUGUCCCGCUGGAUUCUUCUGUGACAAUACCAUGGCUCCAGUCGUCCUCUACAAUAGCUCACACUGCCCUAUUGGUUACUACUGCCCUGCAGGUACCAGGUAUUCUAGCCAGUAUCCAUGUCCUAGUGGGACCUUCGGUAAUGUGACUGGUAUGCAGGCUGUUGGGGACUGUAUACAGUGUCCAGGAGGGUAUUAUUGUGACAUGACUGCCCAGACCACCUUCACACAGAUCUGUCAGGCUGGGUAUUACUGUAGACAAGGGGCCAAAUCUGGAACCCCCAACCAGGGCACAGAUGCUGAUGAAUGUCCAGCUGGCUACUACUGUCCAGUCCAGACCAUAGAGCCCCAGAAAUGUCCACAAGGAACCUACUCUAAUGCCACUAAAUUGACCGCAGUUACUGAAUGCACAAACUGUACAGCUGGAAUGUACUGUGGAUCUACAAACCUAGUGGAGCCCAGUGGCACCUGUUGGGCUGGUUAUUACUGUCCGGAGUCCUCCACAUCACCUACACAAGUGGACUGUCCUGUCGGGGCUUACUGUCUAAAUGCCAGUUCCAGUUUUACUCUCUGUCCAAAAGGUACAUAUUCCAAUGCCACAAACCUCCAGAAUGUGUCGGACUGUAGCCCCUGUCCUGGUGGGCAGUAUUGUGAAACAGAUGGUUUGACCACACCAACUGGGCUAUGUGGGGAAGGCUAUUAUUGCCCUGAGGGGUCUAUUUACAAAGAACCACCAACCACCUUCUGUCCCGUGGGUCACUUCUGUCCAGAGGGAGUGUCACAAGCAGUUCCAUGCAGAAAUUACAGUGAGGUGAACCACACCCAUGCCACUCAGUGCUACCCCUGCCCUGCUGGUUACUACUGUGUUCUUCAGGGACAGAGUGAGAUCUGUCCGGCUGGGUACUACUGUCCAGCAGGAACUGGCCUGGACUGGAAGGCUUGUCCCCGGGGCACCUACAGCGAUGUGUCAGGGCUGUAUGAGGAGAGUCAGUGUAAACCCUGUCCCCAGGGUCAGUACUGUGAUGGAGAACACCUCAGCUCACCAACAGGUUACUGUGGCCCUGGACAUUGGUGUGUGUCAGGCAUUGACCGCCAGUUUCCCAAUGGUAUCAACAAUUCUGUGUCCCUCAACAAUUCUUGUUAUGAUGACCGACAGUUAGGUUAUGGAGGAAUCUGUCCGGUGGGCCAUUACUGUCCUGGAGGACUAGGCAGCAUUUACCCCAUCAAGUGUCCAAACGGAACCUACAGCAACACAGAGGGACUCUCUCAGUGUGUCACCUGUCCACAAGGGUACUUCUGUUUGGAGGGAACAGCUAACUACACAGACAGCCCCUGUCCUACUGGCUACUACUGCCCCAGUGGCACACAAAACUCCAAUGACAAUCCAUGUCCUGCUGGAACCUUUAACAAUGAAACUAUGAAGACCAAACUGGCUGACUGUCUCUCUUGUACAGGAGGAUCCUACUGUAACCAGGAUGGGCUGUCCUCUCCCUCAGGUGUCUGCAGUGCUGGAUAUUACUGUAGUGGAGGGGCAGUCAAUGCCACACCCAGUGGUGUGGGAGGAAACAAUUGUCAGGCUGGCUACUUCUGUCCCGAGGGAUCUGUUAACCCCACACCCUGUACACCUGGGUAUUACUGUGUGUCUGAUAACCUUAAUGAAACAACAGGACUGUGUAGUCCAGGAUACUACUGCACCAGUAAAGCUUCCAUACCAAACCCCACAGAUGGAAAUGUCACAGGAGACAUAUGCCCCACAGGAGCCUACUGUCCCUCAGGCAGCACCUCCCCCACCUACUGCCAGGCUGGAUAUUACCUCAAUAGCACAGGAAAUGAUGAUGUCUCAGACUGUAAACAGUGCACACCAGGAUACUAUUGUGAUGGUAGUGGUAAUGUGGUGCCUGAUGGACUCUGCUCCCAGGGGUACUACUGCCCCGGGGGUCAGGAUUCUGCAACACCAACAGGCUACAAUUGUACACAGGGUCACUACUGUCCAGAGGGUAGCCCCUCCCCACAGAGGUGUUCCUCAGGAUCCUACCAGGAUGAGUUUGGCCAGUGGACAUGUAAGGCUUGUCCAGCUGGAUACUUCUGUGACAGUGUGAUGUCCCCUGUUGUCCUGUACAAUAACUCUUACUGCCCUACUGGUUAUUACUGCCCAGAGAAUACUACCAAUUCCAACCAGUACCCAUGUCCUGCUGGAACUUUCAAUAAUCAGACCCACCGCACCCAGCUAUCAGACUGCCAGUCAUGUUCUGGAGGUAUGUACUGUGACCAGGAUGGACUCUCCCAGCCUGUGGGUAACUGUCAGGCAGGGUAUUACUGCACCAGUGGGGCCAACAGCUCCACACCUACACAGGAUGCUAACGCCAAUAUCUGUCCUGAAGGAUUUUACUGUCCAGUAGGAACUGUUACUCCUCAGUCGUGUCCACCAGGAACAUUCAAUCCAUCCACUGGACGACAGGCUGUAGGAGAGUGCACCAACUGCACUGGAGGAUAUUACUGUCCUGAUUACAACAUGACUGCAGCAGGACCACAAUGCUCACAAGGUUACUACUGCCCCUCUGCAGCAGACACUGCCACAUUCAUCAUCUGUCCUGCUGGUUCAUACUGUGCCCAGGGUGUGUCCACUCCAUCACCGUGUCCAGCUGGAACCUUCUCCAAUGUGACCGGACUGUCAGCUGUCGCCCAGUGUACCAACUGUUCAGGAGGCUACUAUUGCCCCAAUACAGGAAUGACAGAUACAGGUUACGAAUGCUGGGGAGGAUACUACUGUCCCACAGGUAUUGAUGUACCAAACCCCACCUCUUACCUCUGUCCCAGGGGAAUGCAGUGCCCUAAUGGAAGUGAAAUCUACAAGGAGUGUUCGGCUGGUACCUACACCAAUCAGACAGGUGCCUCCUCCUGUGACACGUGUCCGGACGGUUUCUACUGUUUACCUGUACAGCCAGACAAUGCUACAUUGAAUGCCCAGUCUUGUCCUGAGGGAUACUUCUGUCCUGCAGGGACUGGAAUAAACUGGCAGUCUUGUCCCAGUGGUUCCUAUAGUAACCAGCAGGGUCUGUAUGCCUCCUCUCAGUGUGUGGCCUGUGAUGGGGGACAAUAUUGUCAGGGAGAACACCUCACCACACCCACAGCAAACUGCUCAGCUGGUUACUACUGUACAUCAGGAGUGGACCGCCCCAAACCAGGCGCCAGUAAUGACACAACUACUGCCAACUGUACAUGCCCAGACCAAGCCUUCUACACAGGAGUGGGUGGGGUGUGUCCUGUGGGUCACUACUGCCCUGAGGGUUCCCCUACCCCUGUACCUUGUGUAGCAGGGACAUAUGCUGACAGUGAGGGUCAAUCUGUCUGUUGGACCUGUCCUGAGGGUUACUUCUGUCUGGCCAACUCUACAGACUUCUUAUCUUCACCUUGCCCUGUUGGUCACUACUGUCCAAAUGGAACAACCUUUGACACAGAGAAUAGGUGCCCUCCAGGAACCUACAAUCCUACCACCAAAGGGACACAACUCUCUGACUGUCUGGACUGCCCAGCAGGGAAGUACUGUGCUGGCUAUGCUAACUCAGCCUACACUGGAAACUGCAGUGCUGGAUGGUACUGUACAGGAGGGUCAGAUAGCCCGAACACCACAACACACGGUGGUCAGUGCAGUGCUGGAUACUACUGCCCUGAAGGAUCCAGUGCCCCCACUCCCUGCCCAGGAGGUCAGUACUGUCAGUUUGCUGGACUGGACACACCUACUAAUAACUGCUCAGCUGGAUACUACUGCACAGCUAUGGCUACAACUGCAACCCCAACAGAUGGCACCACUGGUAAUGUGUGUCCCCCAGGCUUCUACUGCCUAUCAGGGUCAGCCUACCCCACACCCUGUUCUCCAGGAACCUACAGCCCAACACAGGGGAACACCAUGGCAUCUCACUGUCUACCUUGUGACUUUGGAGAAUAUUGUGGUGAACACAACUUGACAGCUACUUCAGGUAACUGCAGUGCAGGCUACUACUGCCCACAGGGUGAGAUGACCGAUAAUCCCCGGCUCUGUAGUGUCGGUCACUACUGCCCUGAACACUCAGCGGCCCCAGUUAUCUGUCCCAGUGGAUGGUUCCAAGAGAAUGUGGGUCAGUCAUCCUGUGAGCUCUGCCCUGGGGGAUACUAUUGUGACAACAGUUAUGGAGUGGUCCUCAUCAAUGACACAAUUAAAUGUCCCGAGGGAUACUACUGCCCACCAGGUACAUCAGCCAGUAAUCAGUGGCCUUGUCCCCUGGGAACCUUUAACAACCUCACAGGUCUAAAUCAGAGUACAGACUGUACCCCAUGUACUGGAGGAUAUUACUGUGGAAUUGUGGGACAGAAUGCACCAACAGGACUGUGUCAGGCUGGUUACUUCUGCCGACUGAAUGCCAAGACAUCCACCCCAAAUCAGAUUACAGAAGCUGACAUUUGUCCACAAGGAUCCUACUGCCCUGAGGGAACAGACAGUCCUCUAGCCUGCCCACCUGGAACAUUUGGUGCCACCACAGGCCUCCGUAACACCACUGAAUGUACAUCAUGUACAGCAGGAUCAUACUGUACCACACCUGGACUCACCACAACAGAGGGUCUGUGUGCUGCUGGCUACUACUGCGAGGAAGGUUCUGACUCCAUCCAGAAAACCAUCUGUACAACUGGUCACUUUUGUCCACUGGGAACAGCUGUACCAUUCAAGUGUCCAGAGGGUACGUUCAAUCCAUACACUGGCCUGAACAGCUCUGAUCAGUGUACCCCCUGUACUGAGGGCCAGUAUUGUGAGACAGAAGGACUGAAUGUCACUACAGGGCCAUGUGAGGCUGGUUAUUAUUGUCCAGGGGGACAGAACUCCUCCAGACCUGCUGAUUACCCCUGCACAGUGGGCCACUACUGUCCACUGAACUCCUCACAACCCAUACCUUGUGCCAAUGGGACUUAUAUGAACCAUACAAUGGCCGCUCAGUGCUAUGACUGCCCACAAGGAUGGUACUGUUUGGUGGGAACUCUGAUUACCCAGUGUCCUGAGGGUCACUAUUGUCCAUUAGGAACAGGAUUUGACUGGAAACAGUGUCCACUUGGUACUUAUAACAAUGAGACUGGACUGUCUGAGGAGAGUCAGUGUAAGGCCUGCCCAGGAGGAAUGUACUGUGACCAGCACGGUGCCUCGUCACCCACAGGUCAAUGUCUGGCUGGGUACUAUUGUGAGUAUGGAGUGGAUAGGAAUAACCCUACUGGAGGGAACAGAACUUUAGUGGGAGGAGCUUGUGUAGCUGCAGGUAAUGAAACAGGAGUGGGUGGAAUCUGCCCUGUUGGUCACUAUUGUCCAGUGGGCACCACAACCCCCAUCCAGUGUGCAGCUGGAACCUUCAGUAAUGUCACUGGUCUGUCAAGCUGUCACCAGUGUCCAGCUGGGUACUACUGUCUCCUAGGGGCGGAGAACUAUGUGGCCACACCCUGUGAUCCUGGCUACUACUGUCCAGCAGGUACUACCUCGGUCACUCAGUACCCCUGUCCAGCUGGCACCUACUAUAAUCUGACUAUGGCCACCACCGUGUCAGACUGUUUGUCCUGCCCAGGGGGAGAGUACUGUGCCACACCUGGUUUGAGUACCCCCACAGGAAAAUGUAGUCCAGGAUACUAUUGUACCAGUAACUCAAGUUCCUCAAUGCCAAGUAGCCCAGAAGGUGGUCAGUGCCAGACAGGGUAUUACUGCCCAGAGGGAUCGUACCAGCCCACAAAAUGUGAUCCAGGAAGUUACUGUCAGACCACAGGACUAAGCACACCCACUGGAAACUGUUCAACUGGAUAUUACUGCAUACUGCAGGCUGACAACCCUACACCAACAGACAACGUAACAGGUAACAUCUGUCCCGUGGGUCACUACUGCCCCUCAGGGUCAUCUCUGUACCAGCCUUGCCCCAUGGGAUACUACUUAGAUGUGACAGGACAGGAUGAGUUUUCAGACUGUAAAAAUUGCACGGGAGGAAUGUACUGUCCAGGUAGUGGAGAGGAACUGCCAGCAGGAAACUGUUCCUCAGGAUAUUACUGUCCUCAGGGUCAGAGUUCAGCCACACCUCCAGCAUACAAUUGCCCUGUUGGUCACUACUGCCCUGGAGGUAUGGACUCUCCAAUCCGCUGUGAGAAUGGAACGUACCAAGACCAGGUCACUCAGAGUACCUGUAAAGUGUGUCCAGCAGGAUACUUCUGUGACAACACCAUGUCCAUUGUAGUACUGGACAAUUCGACAACAAUCUGUCCUAUGGGAUAUUAUUGUCCUGCAGGAACCAGAUACAACAAUGAGUUCCCCUGCCCCAUUGGAUCUUUCAACAACCUGACAGGAAUCACUGAUGUAAGUCUGUGUUCUCCAUGCUCUGGUGGUUACUACUGCCCAACACCAGGAAUGGUAACUCCUGUCAGCCAGUGUGACUCAGGCUUCUUCUGUAAACAAAACGCCAACAUCUCCACACCAGUACAAGGAGUAGAUGCCAACAUUUGUCCAGAAGGAUACUACUGUCCAGUGGGGACUACUAAUCCUGUUCCUUGUCCUAAAGGAAGUUACAGCAACUCAACUGGUUUACAGGGUGAGGUGGACUGUAUUCUGUGUCCAGCAGGAAGUUAUUGUGAACAGACGGCCAUGACAGCCCCCAGUGGACUCUGUGAUGCAGGAUAUUACUGUGUGCUUCAGUCCAAUAGUUCCCAACAAGAUAUCUGUACAGCAGGCAGUUACUGUCCCCAGGGGUCAGGCAAUCCCACUCCCUGCCCACAGGGAACUUACUCCAACACCCAGGGAUUGGCCAAUGAAACACAGUGUACUUCUUGUGAUCCUGGAAAAUACUGCAAUGAUACAGGUUUGACUACCUAUGUGGCUGAUUGUGAUCCUGGAUUUUACUGCCCUGGAGGAAACAGUGUACCUAACCCUGUGGCCACACCAUGUCCCAUUGGCCUCCACUGCCCAGCUGGAUCAGGGUCACCUGUCCCAUGUGUACCUGGAACUUUCACCAACCUGACUCAACAAGACACCUGUCUCACCUGUCCAGCUGGCUUCUACUGUGUUCCAGAGGAGGUCAUUGCAGGUAACUCUAGUUCAGGAUACAGCCUCUGUUCUAAGGGAUUCUACUGUCCAGCAGGCACAGGAAGAAACGAGUCAGCCUGUCCAGCUGGAACCUUCAGUGAUGUACUGGGACUGACCGAUGCCAGCUUCUGCCAGCAGUGCACUGGUGGUAAAUUCUGUGAUGUGACAAACCUGACUGCCCCCGCAGGGGACUGCAGUCCUGGGUAUUACUGCACUGAGGGAGUUGAUACACCUACUCCAACUGGUAACCACACAGGUGUAGGAGGUAUAUGUCCUCAGGGAUACAAGUGUCCUGGAGCUACUGUCAUACCAGAAGGAUGUCCAGCUGGCACCUAUCAAGACCAGACAAACCAGGCAACAUGUACAGCUUGCCCCGCUGGCUAUUACUGUACUGCCAACAGCACCACCUACACAGACAAACCCUGUCCCUCAGGCCAUUACUGCCCCACCUCCACCCAAUAUGACACUCAGUACCCCUGUCUCAAGGGCACCUUUAACAACCACACAGGUCAGGCUAAUGAUUCUGCUUGCUCCCCCUGUAUGCCUGGGUACUACUGUGGGUUCCCAGGUCUCAGUACCCCCACAGAUCAAUGUGACCCUGGUUGGUUCUGUACCCUCCAGUCCUACCUAGCUCAGCCCUCAGCCCCUGAGGGAGGAAUGUGUGUAGCAGGCCAGUACUGCCCCAGAGGAAGCUCAGCUCCCAUUGGAUGUGAUCCUGGUCAGUAUUGUGACAGCAAUAUGAUGUCAGCACCACGUGGUAACUGUUCCAGUGGCUACUACUGCACCACCAACUCAACCACAGCCACACCCACAGGAACAGGUGGUGACAGAUGUCCUCCUGGCUACUACUGUGUGGAGGGAAGUUUUGCUGCUGAGCCCUGCCCCCCAGGAUUCUUCCAGCCCAGCUACAGUGCCCAGAACCUCUCCUACUGUAUAUCCUGUACCUCUGGCUCCUACUGCAAUGGUAGUGGACUCAGUGCUGUGGACGGACAGUGUGAUGCAGGUUAUUACUGUCCUACUGGCCAAACUGUUCGUAACCCCAGUGCCUAUGAAUGCCCGGCUGGAUACAUGUGUCCUGUAGGAUCUAGUCUGUAUCAGCUGUGUAGUGCUGGAUUCUAUCAGGAUGAAGUUCGACAGGCUACUUGUAAGGAGUGUCCAGCUGGUUUCUACUGUGACAGCUCCUUAGGACCCAUCACUAACUACACUACCUAUGUCUGUCCUGAGGGUCAUUACUGCCAGAAUGGCACCAAGGUAUCUACAGAAUUCCCCUGCCCCAGUGGCACUUAUAACAAUGACACAGGACUGAGAGCUGACUCCGAGUGUUUCCCCUGUCUCGGGGGAUAUUACUGCCCAGCAGCCACAGUCAAUCCCUACCUACCAUGUGGUGCAGGGUACUACUGCAGAACAGGAGCAAAAACAGCAGCUCCAAUGCAGAACUCUGAUGCUUAUGAAUGCCCUGUUGGUCAUUAUUGUCCAGAACAGUCAACAGAGCCUACAAAGUGUCCAGCUGGAACUUACUCCAACACAACUAAAUUGAUGAACAUGACAGACUGCACACCUUGUACUAAAGGUUGGUACUGUGACAGCCUAGGAUUAACUGCUCCUGUAGGACUUUGUUCUGCUGGCUUCUAUUGUAUAGCAGGAUCAGAUAACAUGGCUCCUACAAUUUGCCCAGCUGGCAAAUACUGUCCUGAAGGCACACACACCCCAAUCAAGUGUCCAUCUGGCACUUUCUCCAAUACAACUCGCCUUAAUUCCUCAUCAGAGUGCACCAACUGUACAGCUGGUUUCUAUUGCCAACAAGCAGGACUGACCACAGAGGAGGGUAAUUGUACUCAGGGUUACUACUGCCCCACCGGCUCCACCAAUAGUAUGGCAGUCAUAUGUCCCAUCGGGCUGGUGUGUCCAGAGGGUAGUGACCAGCCCAAGUCCUGUGCCCCAGGGUAUUUUACCAACCAGACAGGACAGUGGCAAUGCAACAUCUGUCCCAAUGGCUAUUACUGCCUGCCAGAGAAUGUGACAGCUGGAAUUCCAACCUCGGGUCACUUUGACUGUCCCGCUGGCUACUAUUGUCCCAGUGGAACUGGAAUGGACUGGAAACAUUGUCCCAAAGGAACCUACAGUCAACAGACCAACUUGUUCCAGGUGACCCAGUGUAAGGAUUGUGAUGGAGGCUACUACUGCUCAGUAGAGGGAGCCACUAAUGUGACCGGACCAUGUGACCCAGGUUACUACUGUCAGUCAGGAGUGGACCGACCCAAUCCUGACAAUGCAGCCAACACCACAGCAAAUAACACCUGUAACCUGCUUGGAGGUCAUACAGGUUAUGGUGAUAUAUGUCCCAUGGGAUACCAUUGUCCUCUGGGAAGUGAGCUGCCAGUGGAAUGUCCAGCAGGAAAAUACCAGAAUGAAAUUGGACAGAGUGUGUGUAAAACAUGUCCCGAAGGGUACUACUGCCUGGUGAACUCCACAGACUACAGUGACAAGCCCUGUCCCUCAGGAUACUACUGCCCUGCUGGUACACAGUCAGACACAGAAAACCCCUGCCCUGCCGGAACAUUUAACCCUGCCCAGAUGCAGACCAACUCAAGUGCAUGUCUAAGCUGCACCCCAGGAACCUACUGUCAAACUACAGGGUUGUCUGCCCCCACAAACAACUGCAGUGCUGGUUACUACUGCUCAGGUGGUUCUGUAGCAACUAUGCCCACUGAUCCCAACCAAGGUGGAAAGUGUGUUAGGGGUCAGUAUUGUCCAGAAGGAAGUCCGGCAGCCAUAGAAUGCCCAGGUGGGAAAUACUGCUUCAGUGAGAGGCUAAGUGAACCAACUGGAAACUGUUCACAAGGGUACUACUGUAAUGGAAGCACCAUCCUGUCUUCUCCCCCUGAUGGUUCCACUGGUGGUGGUUGUCCCCUGGGACACUAUUGUCCCACAGGAAGUAGUAUUCCUACUCCAUGUCCUAUUGGUUACUAUCUAGACGUGAUCCUCAGUAGUGUGGUCUCAGCCUGCAAGAUCUGUAAACUUGGAAAGUACUGUGGAAGUGAAGGACUGCCUGAUGUUUCUGGUCCAUGUGACCCAGGCUACUACUGCCCCGCAGGUCAGGUCUCUGCCACACCAGCAAACUACAGCUGUCAGCCAGGGUACUACUGUGUAGGAGGAAAGUCUGCACCAGAGGCCUGCCCUUCAGGGACAUACCAGGAUAACCCUGUGAUGUCCUCAUGUAAAAGCUGCCCUGAGGGUUAUUACUGUAAUGCCACCUUUGGUCCUGUGGUCAACUACGCCAACACUGUGUGUCCUGAAGGAUUCUAUUGCCCCAAUGGAACAGAGCAUGCCGAACAGUAUCCAUGUCCCAAGGGAACAUUCAACAACAGGACAGGUUUGUCUAACUCCUCUGAGUGCUCACCGUGUGUGGGAGGUUGGGCUUGUGAUGUGACAGGUCUGACAACACCCCUCAGACUGUGUAGUGGAGGGUACUACUGCAAGAUUGGGGCAGAUUCUACAACACCUGCACAAGCACCAUAUGCUGAUCAGUGUCCAGCUGCUUUCUACUGUCCUGAGGGCACAAUUGACCCCAUCCCCUGCCCUGAGGGAAGUUACAGCCCGACCCCAGGACUGCUGGAGGAGAGUCAGUGUCUUAACUGUACUGGAGGAUACUUCUGUAAUGAAACUGGUUUACUGACUGUUGUUGGUAAAUGUCAGUCUGGAUAUUACUGUCCACCUGGGUCCAAGAUUGCCACAGAGAUUAUUUGUACUGAGGGAUACUAUUGUGGAGAGGGAACCCAGAACCCCACCCCCUGUCCUAACGGUACCUACUCUAACAUCACUGGACUGAUGACUGCCUCGGAUUGUUGGAAUUGUACACCUGGAUACUACUGUAAUGGACAGGGGCUCACUGCAGUGUCAGGACCUUGUAAAGAAGGUUACUAUUGUCCCUCUGGAUCUAGUAUGGAAACAGAGGUCAUUUGUCCAGCAGCCAAACACUGUCCAACAGGAAGUGCUUUACCCCAGGACUGUCCAGCAGGGACUCAUGCUGACCAUGAUGGGGCUGCCUCCUGCACUGUUUGUCCAGAAGGCUAUUACUGUGUACCAGCUCUGACAGUGGCAGGAAAUGCAGCUUCCUCCAAGACACCCUGUCCUGAGGGUUACUACUGUCCUAAUGGUACUGGUUAUGACUGGAAGUCCUGCCCUACAGGAACCUACAGUAAUGUGACAGGUCUCAGCAAGGAUUCAGAAUGUACACCGUGUCCUGGAGGAUACUACUGUCAAGGUGUGAAUUUGACUACCCCCACUGGUAUGUGUAUGGAUGGAUAUUAUUGUGUAUCAGGAGUGGACAAAGCCAACCCACUGAUGCUUAAUGACAGUCAGUGUCCCACAGGAACUGUUCAUCCAAUCAUUGGUCACCAGUGUCCUACUGGUCACUAUUGUCCAGAAGGUACAGAGUAUCCCAUUGGUUGCUCAGCUGGAUCCUACCAAGAUCUUACCAAUGAGAAGGCCUGUAAGAUCUGUCCAGUUGGUUAUUACUGCUAUGCCAACACUUCAGACUACUCACCAUUCUUGUGUCCAGGAGGGUACUACUGUCCACUUAAUACAACAGAUCCACAUGAACAUCCGUGUCCAGCCGGAACCUUCAACAAUCUGACCACCCAGCACAGUGAUCUUUCCUGCCAGCCCUGUACCCAGGGAAUGUACUGCCAGGGGCCAGGGAAUGCUUAUCCCACUGGAAAUUGUUCAGUGGGCUGGUACUGUACCAACGGAUCCUCUAUCAGCACUCCAUCAACCACUGGAGGCCAAUGUCAACCAGGUUAUUUCUGUCCAGAAGGAUCAUGGGAGAUGACCAAGUGUACCCCUGGUAAAUACUGCCAGACAGCAGGGCUUGGAACUCCCACAGGAGAUUGUGCAGCUGGCUAUUAUUGUCCCGAGGGUUCAACCUCUAUACAACAAGUGGACUGUCCGGUUGGUCACUACUGUCCCAUGAGCAGUGGACUUCCAGAGCCUUGCCGAAAUGGAACUUAUGGUCCUGUUAUUCGCCUCCAGUCAGAUGCUCAGUGUACACCUUGUGAUGGUGGUAUGUACUGUAAUGGUACAGGCCUCAGUGCUGUGAGUGGACCCUGUGACCCAGGGUUCUACUGCCCCUCCGGUCAGUCUGUGCCUAACCCCUAUGACUAUCGCUGUCCCCCAGGACACUACUGCCUUACCAACACGAGUACUCCAAUCAGGUGUGCCAGUGGAUAUUUCCAGAAUGAAUAUGAAAAAGACUCAUGCAAAGUCUGUCCAGAAGGAUACUAUUGUGAUAAUAGUGUGACUGCUGUUGGAGACCUCACUAACUACACUUGCCCUGAGGGUUACUACUGCCCCACCCAGACGGAGCGUUACAAUCAGUACCCCUGUCCCCCUGGAACCUACAACAAUAGAACAAUGAGGGUCAACGAGUCGGAGUGUCAGUGGUGUCCUCCGGGAUAUUACUGUCAGAGCUCAGGUUUACCUGCCCCUGAAGGACCUUGUUAUGCAGGAUACUACUGUCUUGGUAACAACACAGAGCCAAAUCCUUCAGCCUACAUCUGUCCUAUUGGUAACUACUGCCCAGAGGGAAGCUACCUUCCCACUCCCUGCCCCUCGGGGACUAUGGCGGUCAAUACAGGAAAUGUGAAUGUCACAAACUGUGAGAUCUGUAGUCCGGGAAGAUACUGUACAACCAACAGCUCAAAGAAUGGAGUGAGCUUGCCGUGCAGUGCUGGUUACAUCUGUCUACAAGGUUCAGACAUCUCUAACCCUGCUGAUAAUGUCAAAGGCUACAUCUGUCCUGUAGGUCACUACUGCUUAGAGGGGGCAGUCAAGGAAACAAAGUGUGACAUUGGAACUUAUGGACCAACAGAGGGACUGGGUGCUUGUUUAAUGUGUCCUGCUGGUAGAACCUGUCCAAACCAAGGAAUGAAUGAUACACUUCCUUGUCCUGCUGGGUACUACUGCACCAAUGGAACUUCAGGGAAUGGGGCACCUUGUCCUUUGGGUACCUACAACCCUCAUGAACAGCUGGUGUAUGAGACAGAUUGUCUGCCCUGUAGUCCAGGACAGUUCUGUAAUGAGACCGGGCUCUCUGCCACAGCAGGACCCUGUAGUGCUGGCUUCCUCUGUGUGGGCAAUGCUACUACAGCCACACCUAACGAUGGAACCAAUGGACCAUGUCCUGUGGGUCAUUUCUGUCUCUCUGGCACCACAAAUGCUGAGCCUUGUCCUAGGGGAACUUACAGGAACCAGACAGGAGGAGCAAGUAAUGAUACCGACUGCUGGCCGUGUCAGGCAGGUCACUACUGUGGUUCAACAGGAAUGACUGGGCCUACUGACCUCUGUUCAGCUCGGUACUACUGUCCAGACACUGCUAGGAUAGAGUCAGACUCUCCAACCACACAUCAAUGUCCUGCAGGAUUCUACUGCCCCAGAGGAACUGCUGAUCCUAUUGGAUGUGACCCAGGAACCUACCAGUCAUUAGUAGGAGAAGAAACCUGUGAAUCGUGUCCCACCGGUUUCCAGUGUACAGGUAACACCAGUAUCCCUAUCGAAUGCCCAGCCUACUCCUACUGUCCUGGCAAUACAUCUGAUCCAUUCCUCUGUGAAAAUGGAACAUACACCACUGACACAACAACCGGACUUGAGUUUGCCUCAGACUGCUCAGCCUGUCCAUCAGGUGUAUACUGUCGGGGAGGUAAGAUCGCUGGAAACUGUUCUGCUGGCUACCUCUGUGUGGGAGGACAGGACCGUCCUGAUCCCCCAGAUGCUUUAUGUCCAUAUGGAUACUACUGUCCAGAGGGUACCACCAGCCCACAAUCCUGUCCCCCACAGAGUUUCAUUGAUAAGACAGGAGCAAUGAGUGCUGGAGAAUGUGGCAGCUGUCCAGGUGGGCGUCUUUGUCCUGGUGGUCCCACCUCCAUCCCAUGUUAUGCGGGUUCGUAUUGUCUGGAGGGUGACCCAGGAAAUCCUUACCCCUGCCCAGUUCUGACCUACAAUGACAUGGAGGGGGCCAACUCCAGUGCCUCAUGCCUACCCUGUCCAGGAGGAUACAUGUGUCCCAUUGCCAACCUCACAACAUACACUCUGUACCCUUGUCCAGUUGGAAUGUAUUGCCCUAAUGCCACAAGCAUUGCUUACGAAUGUCCAGUUGGGACAUACAGAGACACCCAGAGUGCUGCCAGUAUUGAUGACUGCCAUCUUUGUCCAGCUGGGUUCAAGUGUCCAGAAGCCAAUAUGACAUACUCCGGUAUUCAGUGCCAGACUGGAAACUACUGCCCAGAGGGGUCACACAAUGAGACCAUUUGUCAGGCCGGAUACUACUGCAACAGAUCCAUGUCUCAGGUGCCUUGUCCCUAUGGUUACUACUGUCCUGAGGGGUCAGCCACACCUAUCCGAUGUCCCCAGGGUCAUUACUGUGGUAAACUAGAUGACUGCAACAUGACAGAUGCAGGUGCCAUAGAACCAGUGAAGUGUCCCCUUGGUUACAAAGAGUAUGAUGGAUCUCCCAGAGCCACCUUUAAUGACACCUGUGAGCCCUGUCCACCUGGAACAUUUGGAGCAGAUCCUAACAGAGCUGUCUGUGAGACGUGUAGAGCUGGAACAGUUUGCAUGGCCCUGGCUACGUCUGACCAACCCGUCGCUAAUGACUCUUCCUUGGCAUGGGCUUUUGGCUUCAACUCAACCAACUCCUAUAUCUGUCCUCAGGGUUACUACUGCCCAGCUGGAAGUUCAGAGCCAACACCUUGUCCGCAGGGUCGUUACAACCCUAACUUGGCCGGUGGCAGUAUUGCUGAUUGCCCUCAGUGUCCAGUGGACCACUUUAACCACUUGACAGGUCAGAAGGGCUGCUUCUCCUGUGGAGGAGAGGCCUAUCAGGACUCAGUGGGACAGCCUACCUGUAAAUGUACGGGGGCAGGAAGAGAUUUCCAGGAAAGUGACCGUCAGUGUCCUUGUGCAGCUGGCUUCCUUGAGCUUGCAGACAAUACAGACUGUGUUAAGAAGGUGUAUGACCUUUGUAAGGAGGGCACAACACGUGCUCAGAAUGGCCAAUGUCUGACCGAUGCCCAAUGGGAGAAUUACUGCAAGAACCAGGUGUGUAAAGAAUAUGUGAGCUUUGACAGACUGAUGGGAAUGUGUCUAUGUAAGACUGAUGACCUUGAAGAACUUUGUAACCUUGAAUGUAGAAUAGCCCAAAGAUACCAAGUGUCCUUCAAGUGUGCUGAACCCCCACUGGAGCCUCAUGUUAUUCUCAGAGACAAAAACAACACUAUUAUGAAAGAAUAUGCUGUAAGUGGACUCCUAAAAAUGAUAAAUGCCCGUAAUGCCUUGACAGCUGAGCAGUGUAGCAGCAGAGAUAAUUCAGAUUACCCAAUACACAUCGUAGAAAUGACCGAUAGUGGAUUCCUUGGCGUAUACAACCCUGACCCUAACCAACUGCUGGGAAUGUUAGAUUCUCACAUCAAAGGAACCAUCACUGGCAACAUCACAGCUGACAGUAACAUUAACGCUAUCUACACGGGCCGUCGACGUCUACUGGCCACAUCCACCAAUAAUGGCUCACUGUUCUCUGGGAUUGAGAAUCCCGUUGUGUGUCUGACAUAUGGAGAGUACAUGUUGUUCUCUGUCAGCAGCACGCACUACCCCGUCUAUGAUGUAAACAACCUGUUUAACACAAAUGACCAGUUUGAUUAUGGAGGAUUUAGGACUUUGGUGGAAGCCAUGACCCAGACCACUUCUACAGCAUCUCUGUUCUCUUACCAGUUCAAGGACCCUGGAAUAUACGUCUUCUCUCUAAGCACUGAUGCCAACAAGAAAAUGUAUAUACGAGUGAUGGCCCAGGGAGCUCAGUGUGCUGAGAACGGUCCAUUUUUCCCUCCCACUUCUGGGUACAUCAUACAGAAUGGAAUCACAGUAGCCUCAGACAUCUUAAAGACCCCAGACUGGGAGAUCAUUUUUAUUUUAUUGGGAACAGCCUUUAUAGCCAUGGUCUUCAUGUUACUCGCUCUGGUUCUAUUCAGGAAAUAUGGUUGGGCUAAGACCUCCUACCUGACUCCAUUCUACCGUGCUUUGACAAGACUCUACAACUUUGACGACUACUCCAGUAAAGGUUCUACUGUACGGCCGGCUAAGAAGUACCAUAGAAACAUGCAGGCUAUCACCUCCGGACGUAGUGACAGUGACUCGGAUCUCGGAGGAAUACUUGAUGCUAAUACAAUAGAGACAAAGAAUGAUGAAUUCUGGGAUUACGACAAGCAGAUUGACUUGGAGGCAUUUAAUUCUCGUACCCUGUAUGACACGCUGUCCAAACAAUCUCGUGCUGUUACCAAUACCAUCGGCAAACACAAAGAUGAGACCAAACAAAUGUACAACAGAAUAGCCAAUCAGACAGAAUCUCUCAAAGGAUUAUGGGCUGCAAAAAUGAACUUGAAAGGAAAAGUCUCAAUGGCUACUGAUGAGGACCUUGUCAGUUAUGAAAACAAAUUGGAGGCUUUAGAAAUUGAGCUUGAAAGAAGAAGAGACAUUGGUCGUAGGUUUGAAGCCAUUCUUAACAAAGAAAGGGAACUAAUGAUGGAAGAUGAACAUGGAAGAGAGAAACACCAGGUUGCCUAUCAAUCCUGUCUGAGAGAAGCUGCCAGAAAUUUAACUGAGCAUGUAGAGAAUCUGCAGCAUGGUAAACUGACCAGGAAUGGAGAGUUUGAUAUGGCUGCUCAUCGUUCAGUGGGCUCUAGAGUCUCAUUAUUACUGCAUAAGAUGUCCAGUGAAAUCACCGAGGAGUGUCAGAGGAUUGGGGCCUGGGGUGUCCUUGGACAGGGCACAGGAGGUCAGCUGGUCAAAUCAGGAAAGAACGUACCAAUGAAGCGUGAAGAAUUGAUCGGUCCAGACAUGAGUGUUAGAGCUUCAGACUUGAUCAGUCAGGAUGCUACCUCUGGACUCAUUCGACCCAAACCUGGUACAAAAAUGAUUCUGGCUAAUGGCACUUUGACUGAUGUUCCUGCUGACCACUUUGUUCACCCUCAGACUGGACAUGUGCUGCCCAUCCAAGGCAAUGUGGCCUUUGACCCGGUUACUUCCCGACUAGUCUUUGUCUCUGAUUCAGCUACAGGGGAAGCUGCCAGAGCAGAUGAACCAUUUAUUCCAUUCAUUCCUUAUCCUGUCCAUCCACAAAACAACCAGCCAAUCAAAACCAAGCUCCGCCCCAUGGAACACAAGAGUGACUUGCGAUAUGGUUCCCCAAUGAAUGACCCAGAGACUGGACUUCAUGUACCCAUCAUGGGUGUCACCAUGCACCCACAGACUGGAGCACUCCUCCCAAUAGGUGGCACCCACAUUGACCCUGUCACAGGAAUGCAUACCCCCAUAGAAGUAGGUUCUCUUAUGGUGGAUCCAAACAGUGAACAACCUGUACCAAUCCUGGCUGUAACUCUUGACCCAGAAACAGGUGACAUUGUACCUGUGGGAGGAACAAAACCUGGCAGUAGACACAAUCUUCCCAUCAUUCCUGGGGACACAUUUGUUGAACCUCUUAGUGGGAAACUUGUGAGAGUUCAGAGUGGAUAUUUACUGGAUGCCAAUGUGCUGCCCUCUGGUGGAGGUUUCCAGGCUCUGCUUGACUCAAGUGUGCUGGCUUGUGAGGCUCGAGUCAUUGAUACUUUGAGAGAACUCAAGGAUGCACUUGCUGAUUCAACAGGAACCAAUGUUAAUGUAAGACAUGAGCUCAGCAAUCUGGAGGCAGCCACAAAAGAACUUGAGAAAGCACGCUCCAGGAUGAAGGCCUAUUUACUUAGAACUCAGCAUGACGUAGAGCGCCGUCUAGAUCGCUCCUCAAUACUCGCUGCCACAGGAGGAUGUCCAGGAAUGUACGAGUUCUCUAAGACUGGCCAGUUAUUGCCUAUCUUGGUUGGUACAUCCAUGCUGGACCCCUCAGGAACAGAGCAACAAGUACCAAUUCUAGGAGCAGACAAAGAGAAGAAAACUGGUAACAUUAGACCUUUGGGAGGUACCAUGGAGGACCCAGAAGGGGCUGGUCUUGUACCUAUCAGUAUUGGAAGGAAGGCUUUGGAUCCUGUGACAGGGGAAAUCAGUCCAGUGAUAGGUAUUCGCACUAACCCGGAGACAGAUCUAGCAGUGCCAGUCACCAUGUCCUCAGGUGGUCCCAGGAAGAAGAAGCCACCACCAGGGGCCCUCGCCAUGCUGGAGGAGGAGCUGGUUGCCAGGCGAGGGUUCUGGAGAAGACAGAGACAGAAGGAGAGAGAACUUGCCCUCAAAGAGCACCAGUUCACUCAGCAACUCCUUUUCGAUAUGGAUUCUGUGACUUCAAGAGAUGUUCAGAGAUUCUUAGAGGAGAUUGAUGCAGAUGUUCACCAACUUUCGGAGGCUGAGAAACGUGAGGUUCAGAGACGAGGUGGUGCAGAGCAGGAGUAUGCCACAGUGAUACCACCAGAGGUCAUUGCAGUGCUGACCCAGAGUGAUGCCAAAGAACAUGAGGGAGAGGAAGGGCAUGUGGCUUCCAAUGUCAAAUUGGCUGACACACUUCGACGAUUCUUCAACAAACUCCAGCAGGAAGAGAAACAGUACAAAGACAAGAUUGGUGACUUGGAGGGUGCCAUGAACCCUGAUGCUGAGAACACUACUUUACAGAGGUACAAGCAGGCCAAGAUGAGAUUACAGGCAGAAUUACGAGAUUCUCUGACAACCAGGAUAGAGAAUGUGGAUGAGGCUCAUUCUACACUGGAGUAUGCUAGAGAAAGAUCAGAAUUGUGUGCCACUGAAGCUAAAACUGUCUUGACAAGAGCCAGCCUUCUGGCAGGAGACUAUGAUUGUCAGCUGUCAGGAGUUUAUGGUGACGUUGAUUCCUCAGGUGAAAAAGAAUCUGAACUGAUUCCCCUACUGAAACAGCUGAUAGCCAUGCUAGAAUCUGGAGGUCCAUUUACCUUGUCUUCAGAACUAUUGAACUUGAUAAAUCAAGGCACUGCAGGCGGUGCCGGUCAGCAUGUGACCAAUAUCAACAUUGGAGGCAGUGGUGGCACCAGGGACAUCCAGCGCAGAGGAAGCACAGAUAGCCUUAGGAGGCGCAGGGAUCAAAAGGAAAGAAGCAAACUCAACAAGUCAGGAGUCAAAACAACAUCAAAAACGUCUGGCACCAAGGAUGAAACAUCCAUAUUUGAUGGUGCACAGGGUAAAGGAAACAAAGGACAAGGUGGUGUAGCAUCACAAGAACUUUCUCGGGCUCUGUUUGAGAAGCAAGCUUAUGAGGCAGCCAAGCUGGAAAAUGACUUGAAGAAGGAGGAGAUUGAGGACAUGAACAAGACUGUGGAUGACUGUGAGCUUGAGAAGAAAAAGGCCAUGGCUGAUGCCCAGCAUGAGCUGGAGAAGAAAUUGGCUAAGGCCAAACAGGAGCAGGAGAAAGAGAUGAUCAUGAUGGAGUAUGCCAGCAACAUGCAGAAACUCAAUGAAGCCUUUGAGAAGAGAAAGAGGAAACAGUUGGAUAAACUCAGGAAGAGGCUCUUGGAUGCCAGGAGACACAAAAAGAAAGAACUUGCCAAGAAACAUCUAUCAGAGGCCAAAGACAAUGGUAUCCCUGAGGAUUCAGUUCCCAACAUAGAAAUGCCAUCUUAUGAAGAACUAAUGAACCAGUUACUGAAACUUCAACAACAGCAAGAAAAAAUGAUGGCAGACAUCAGGAAGAACAGUGGUGAUGCUAAGGAUCAAGUCAAAACCCCGGAAAUUGAUGAAGAGUUUGAAAGACAGAUUCGAGCCUUGGAUAUCAGCAAGAGUCAGAAAGAGGCUCUGAUCAAUGAAGCCAAGAACAGACGUAAGGAGCUCCAGCAGCAGAUUGAGGCAAUGAAGGAGAAGCUGAGGAAGAGGAAAGACAGGAAGGGAGGGGCAGAAUUGACAGAGGAGGAAUUACAGAGUCUAGAUGAGGAAGAGAGGAAGAACCUCCUGAAGGUGAGGGAGAUCCAAGGGGCUGCAGACAGAGACAUGGAGGAAGAAGCCAUCCUCAGUACCAUUAAAAUCAUGGAGAGGGAUCAGCAGAGGCAGGCUGGAGAGGUGGCUUUGAGAGAAAUGCUUCAGAACCAGACAGAGUCAGAGAGAGACCGCAUUCUACAGCAGUACCAGGACCAGGUCCGACAAUUAAACAACCGACUGGAUGACAGCAGGAACGAACAGGCAGACAAGAUCAAAGCAAAACUGGCUGCUAAGAAACGAAUGAAGGAGGAGUUGGACAAAGAGAGGGCAGUCAACAAAGAACUGGACAGGAUCACCAAGAAACAUGCUGCACAGAAUGAUGCAGAGGCUGCAGACCUGAUUAUGCAGAUUAAUGAGAAAGUGAACGGUGACAAGUUGAUGUCAGAGCAACAGAAGCUGGUGGACCAACAGACAACAGAACUGGAGCAUCUUGAGGAGAAACAGAAUGAGGAGCUGAGGAGACUGAACCAGGAAGCUGAGGAAGAGAGGAGCAAGGAGGAGCAAGAGAUCCUCCACAACAACCAACAGCAGAAACAACUGGCUCUCCAAGCCCACCAAUCUAAAUUUGAGCGAGACAUGUUGCUGCAUCAUCAGAAUCUGACACCAGCAGAUGCUGAGUACCAAAAACUACUGGCAGCUCACAAGUCUGAAAUGGAGGCUCUAGAGCGGAACCUCAAUUCUGAGAAAGAUCGUCAGAGAGAGGCUCUCAGGAAGAAGAUAGAGGAGAAGAAGAAGAGGAGAGAAGAGCAGUUAGAGGAUAAACACAGGAUGGAGAUGGCACAGAAACUGUCCAGUCAACAGCAACAGAGGGACAAACAAAAUGAAGAAAUUGCCAAAAAUGUGGAGAAUUCAGCCCUUAAGAACAAUGUCAAGAAUAAGGAUAAAGAUAAGGCAGAGAACAUGAUCUAUACUGUGUUGAGGCAGCGACAUCUUAAGGAGGCCAUCCAUCUGGAAGAUCAACUGGCUCGUGAGCUGGAGGCAGCUCGUAGGAGAGCCCGAGCGGAGAUUGAGGAGAGCAGACAGAAGGAAAGAGAAAGACUACUGGCUGCAUUUGAACAGGAAAUGCGAGAUCUGAUAGCAGAUUCUGGCAACAUGGACCCAGCUGAAUUGGCUCGUCGUAAAGAACAACUUAAACAGAGACAGCAGCAAGAGCUCAGUGAGUUUGACAGCCACACUGCCCAGCUGUUAGAAAGAGCUGAACAAGAUGUUAGUCCUCAACAAGAAAUCAAGCAGACCCAUGACCGCUUAAACCUCAAAGAAAAACAGCUUCAUGAACUUGCUGAUGCCAUGAAGACAUUCUCUCCUGCAGAAGAGCUUCACAAACAGUAUGCAGAACAGGCUAAAUUGGCAGCCGAGGAGGCGAAGAAGUAUAAGGAGGACAUGUACAGGAAGUUACAGGAGGAACUGGAGAGGAGGAAAGAGGAACAGAGACUGGCGGAGGAAGAGAGGAAGAGGAAGAUGUUGGAGAAGUACAAACAACUGGAGGAAGAAUUGGAGGAGCAAGCGAGAUUGGAGGAACAGAAACAAAAAGAUCGUGAGGCAGAGCGUGAAAAACUUCGACAGCAACAAAUGGAAGAACGAGAACGUCGUGAGAGAGAAGAGAUUGAGAAAUCAAACACCAGUCAGGAUGAAAAGGAAAAACUCCUCAGGGAACACAAAGAGAACAUGGAGAGAAUCCGUGAGGCCAUGAACCAGGAGCAGAGCCGCAGCAGACAGGCCCUUCAGGCUAAACUGGACGCUCGCAAGAAACGUAGAAUGGACACGGGUAAAGCCAAAGUGGACAAGGACAUGAUCUUGGAGAAGGACAGUGAGGAGAUGAGCAGAUUAACACGAGCAGGUGAUGAUGAUGAUGACUUCCUGCAGGCGGGAGCUCCUUCAUCAGUGUCUGGUGGUAUUAUGUCUGGUCCUGGAGACCAGGGAUCAUCUGGUAUGGGUCAUUUCACACCUACAGGAAACCGAGAACAGGACUGGGUCAACAUGCUGAUGGCAUCACCUCUAUUUAAACAAAUCAAUGACUUGGCGGACAUGUUGGAUAAGACAGAGGGAGGUCUGGCGGGUAGUGACAAGGUGCUAGGUGGAGAUUACAGUCGGCCAUACAUGGAUGUUAAGGAUGCUCAGUGGGUGUGUAAAGGUGACCUCAAACCAGCAGACAUUAACCAGAUAUCACCAGCUCAGUUUGUCAUUUACCGGUUCGGUGUGUUUGUAACCAGACUCUUACAUCAGACAAUUGGAACACCAGAAGUCAGUUUGCUACUUGCCACAAACUUACCUCCUAAUAAUUAUGAACGAAAUGCAUUCAGGAAUUCUGUUUUCUAUGAGCAUUCUCGGAAGAUUCUGUUUGUAAGGAGGGAGAGAAUGGACUCGAUCGGUGAAUUUGUGGUUGUGAUUUUGCAUUCUCUAGCUCACAUUAAAACAGGGGACUUAAGUGAUGAUAGUGAUACAGUAUUCCUCAGGGAGUUCUACAAGGCACUACGAGUUGUGUGUCAGGACAUGUUCUUCUCUCGUGCCCACAACAACCCUACACCACAGACCCGCCUUGGUCUGGAGCAGGCCCUGGGAACAGUGAAGAAGCAGGAAGAUAAGAUGGCUGUAGUGGGUGAUCUUGUUGACCUGAGGGUGGAUGGACCCACCAGGAUAGAUUUCUCAGAGCAGAGUAUGUCUCAGAGACUGUGCGGAUGUGAAUCUCUAGCCAGUAAUGCACGACUACGACAAUUCCUCGCCUCUAAAGGAGGUUUCCUAGCAACCAGUGAUUUCGUCAGCAGCAGAAUGUCUGAGCUAAAAGGUGGUAAGAGUCCUCCAGUGACACCUAGACGCAGUCCACGAAAACCAGUAGCAGUCCCAUCUAUGAGGUCCCCUCCUGACGUGAGGGAUACUCAGCUGAUGGAUCUGGAGGCCAAGAAUGACCAACUCAAUGCUGAUCUUGCACAGACUCUGAAGGCAGUUUCAGAACUUGAGGAAGGAAUCAGAAAUAUGGAGCAAAGUUCUCCCAGUGAUCAUAGAUUAACAUCAGCUAGGGAACAACUCGAGACUGUGCUGACUCGUAAAAAUGAUCUACUCAGGAGAAUCUCAACAACAGAGGCCGAGAUAACGAAAAAGGAAAGAGAACUCAAAACAAAAAAGCGAUAGUCAAGUGACUAAGAGAUGAAAAAGAAGAGAAACUACAUAU